UUUGAAAAGUCCCUCUACGACCUCAUCAAAGGCCUUCGAGGCCAUAAAGGAGGAGAAAAUGAAUACAUUCAAAAUUGCUUGCGUGAAUGCAAGGCGGAGAUCAAAACGCAAGACAUGGAUAAAAAGGCCACAGCUCUUUUGAAGCUCAUAUAUCUCGAAAUGUUUGGUUACGACAUGUCUUGGGCAUCCUUCCAUGUUCUGGAAGUGAUGUCGUCCGCCAAAUACCUCCAGAAAAGAGUCGGUUAUCUCGGAGCUGUACAAAGCUUUCGACCAGAUACGGAAGUUUUGAUGCUAGCGACAAAUCUGCUGAAGAAAGACAUUGUCAACUCUAGCAUCUCUAAUAUGUCCCUCCCUCUGGUUGCAUUGCCGCACAUCAUCACGCCCUCUCUGGCAAUGUCUCUACUUCCUGACGUACUGUCUCGCCUUUCACAUUCGAAUCCCGUGGUACGCAAGAAAUCAAUUGUAUGCCUUUAUAGGCUUGCCUUGGUCUACCCCGAAGCCUUAAAGCUGGCUUGGCCCAAGAUCAAAGACCAUCUGAUGGACAACCAAGAAGAUAGCAGUGUCACCACGGCGGCAAUCAACGUUGUGUGUGAGCUUGGCUGGAGACGGCCUCAUGACUUCCUCCCGUUAGCGCCCCGAUUCUUUGAACUUCUUGUGGAUAGCGGCAAUAAUUGGAUGGCUAUCAAGAUCAUCAAACUAUUUGCAACCCUGACCCCGCUGGAACCCCGGCUGACUCGCAAGCUUCUGCGACCAUUGACCAAUAUCAUUCAAACCACUUCUGCAAUGUCCUUACUUUAUGAAUGCAUCAAUGGUAUCAUACAGGGAGGGAUAUUGGAUGGAGAGGAUAGUCUUCAAGAAAGGGACGAAGUUGCUACUCUCUGUGUUGGGAAAUUGCGUGGUAUGAUAGUCAUGGAUGCUGACCCAAAUCUCAAAUAUGUUGCGCUUCUUGCAUUGAACCGCAUUGUCGCUACGCAUCCAACUCUAGUUUCCAUGCAACAAGACGUCAUUAUGGACUGCCUAGAUGACGCAGAUGUCUCUAUUCGAUUGCAGGCAUUGGAACUUGCAGUUGGAAUGGUUGAUAGCGACUCUUUACAACUCGUUGUCAAUCGUCUACUAGAUCAGCUGCGACGAGCCUCGAUGUCUGCGAAUGAAACUCUUCAGUCGGCCCAUGCAGAAAUCGAGGAUCCUACUGAAGGUUUCCCAGGCGAUGAGCCCAAGGUCGACACCUUGAUUUUAUGGCCCAGCGACUAUCAGACCGAAGUUGUCCACCGAAUUUUAGAUCUGUGUUCACAGAACAAUUACUCUGAACUGGUUGAUUUUGAGUGGUACGUCGCCGUGUUGGUACAAUUAGUCGGUCUCAUCCCACCCCCCGAAUCCGAAGAACUAGCAGACCAAGAAUCCAUGACCAAUGCAAGAAUGAACGCCGCACUCCGAAUUGGAACAGAAAUUCGCAAUGUUGCCGUGCGUGUCAAAGGAGUACGCCUAGAGGCGACAAGAGCCGCCGAGUCACUUAUGUUUGUGGAUACUAGGUCUCAUUUCUUCCCCGUCGGUUCAACUAUUGGCGAUGGUGUCUUAGGACCCAUCGCUUGGGUACUUGGUGAAUAUGCAGAAUAUCUCUUGUCGCCUUCGCGGACCCUGCAGUCUUUGAUUGACGGCUCCAAUGUGUCGCUUCCCCCGAGAACCAUCUCUCUCUCCCUACAAGCUAUUCCAAAGGUUUUUAUUCGAGCCAGCCAGGAUGGCGCACCAGGUGAAACUUGGAAGAGUGAAGUGUCACUUUUGCUUGCUCGGGUCGUGGAAUUCCUUGAGGCUCUAGCAGCCCACCCCGAUCUGGACGUCCAAGAAAGGGCCAUCGAAUUUUUGGAAGUUCUUCGAUUGGCAGCCGAGGCGUUGCGCUCUGAAAGGCAAGAAGUCCCGUAUCUGCUCGCGUCAGUGAUACCGGGCCUAUUCAGGGGACUUGAACUCAACCCUGUUGCUGCUAGCGCUCAGAAGAAGGUUGUUCUACCGGAAAGUCUUUGUCUGGACGAGCCAUUCAGCCAUGAUCUGCCGGGCCUUUUUCGCAAUCUGGAGAGCUCGACCCAUGAAUUUUCGACGCGGGAUGUUAUACAAGACUUUUAUAAUAUUCCGGAAACUGCGUUUACCAAGUCGACGCUUGAUAUUACAUCAGUCGAUGCUCCAUCUACAUCAUAUCAAGAUUUCCCUGGCGAUUCGUUAGCCGGACAAAGGAGAAAAAUUGAGCGCAGAGAACGUUUCAAGGAUGACCCAUUUUACAUUGCUCCUUCUGGCGAGUCGUCCGGUACAUCGACGCCAAUUCAUGAUAUCCUCAAUACAUCCAAUGGAGAAGGACUGGACAUCGAUUCCAUUCCUAUCGUUGACUUGAAGAUAGAAGAUGAACCGUCAGUCUUUGCUAAUAUUGACCGUUCACGGCUCCGUCGAGCACCCAUGACCAAACUGGCGGUCGCUGCUGACGAGACCCUGGAGACCCAAAUGAAUACUUCACAGCACAAGGGUGCUACAGAUGGACAACCUGCUCCUAAACGUUCUCUGCUCCAGGUCGAUUCAAGCAACCUUGAUCGUCUUGCUCUUUCAAAAGAUUCAUUCCAGUUUUCUGCCGAUGAGGGAGAUACCGAGAUGAUCAAGGCCAUGCAGCAGGUUGAGGAAGUACGAUUACGAAUGCAACGAGCUUCAGAGCGUAUCCAGCUCGAUGGUACGCCAGCAGAAGGAACCCUAGUAAAGAAAAAGAAGAAAAAGGCUAAGAAGAACACGGAUGAGAACCCCGCAGAGCCUUGUAUUAAGAAGAAGAAGAAGAAGACCAAGGGUCCAGAGAAGGAGUCAGAGAAUUGA